GGAUCCUGCGGGAGCGGACGGAACCGGCAGCGCGCACUGCGACGAGCAGAGGAUAAAGCAACAGCCCCUCCAAAGAGAUUAAAGUUCAGUUCGGCCCUCAAAAGAGUUCCGGGGAAACAAUGAAUCUGUUUCUGGAGGUUCUCCUGUUUCUGGCUACGCUCCUCUACUCUUACCUGGAGGCUUUUGUGAAGCUGUUCGUGCCUGUGAGGAGAAAAUCUCUCAGUGGGGAGCUGGUGCUCAUCACGGGCGCUGGCCAUGGCGUCGGGAGAGCGACCGCCUUGGAGUUCGCCAAGCGCCAGAGCAGGCUUGUUCUGUGGGACAUCAAUAAGCACGGCGUUGAGGAGACGGCAGCAGAAUGCCAGAAGCUGGGAGCCACUGUUCAAACCUUUGUGGUGGACUGCAGCAAAAGGGAGGAGAUCAACAGCACUGCAGACAAGGUGAAGAAGGAUAUUGGGGAUGUGACUAUCCUGGUGAACAACGCUGGUGUUAUUACAGCUGCCGACUUUCUCUCAACUCAGGACCACCAGAUAGAAAGGAUGUUUGAAGUCAACAUUCUUGGUCACAUGUGGACCACGAGAGCUUUUCUGCCAGUCAUGAUGAACAACAACUACGGGCACAUUGUCACGGUGGCUUCGGCAGCAGGUCAUCUUGUGACUCCUUUCAUGGUGACUUAUUGCUCAAGCAAGUUUGCUGCAGUUGGAUUUCAUAAAGCUCUGACCGAGGAGCUGUCUGCCCUGGGAAAGGAUGGAAUAAAAACAACGUGUCUUUGUCCGGUUUUUAUAAACACUGGAUUUGUCAAAAACCCCAGUACAAGGCUUGGAAAGAUUUUGGAGGUUGAAGAAGUUGUAGAGGCUCUGAUGGAAGGAAUAGUAACCAACCAGAAAAUGGUUUUUGUUCCCUCAAAUCAGAGCGUUGCUUUGCUGCUUGAAAGGGUCUUUCCAGAACGUGCCCUGAACCUUCUGAAGAAGAUGACUGACGUCAAGUUUGAUGCAGUCAUUGGGCAGAGAAGCACCCAGUGAAAAGCAAGAAGUGAUUCUCAUUUCCCAGAGGCACCAGUGAAAACAGAACAUGUGCUGAGUAUAGUUCAGCUGGCUUGAUUCAGAUCAGAGCUCAGGCAAGUGCUUCCAGGCCACUGUUCCCACCUAAGGGCUUAUCCUGCACCUGCAGCUGGAACACACCUGCAUAACAGGGAGUGUUAGCAAAGCAGAGAUGCAGCUCUAGAAGGGCUGCUUUGACUGUACCUCCCAUCACUUCUGUCUCAUUGUGCUGAGGCAGACAGGAAUUUCCACAAAGGUGGGUGGCCUGUUUUCACCUCAAUUUAUAUUUUUUAAUUAUGAAAUGCACUAAUGAAUGCUGAAUUUUCCAUAUUUUUGUUGCAAAUACCUGAAAUAAUACAGGUGUAUAUGUAAUGUACCUAAUUACAUUAAUUACCAAUAACGCAUUUCCACCAUCAAUAUAUCUUUAUAUAAAUAAAUACAGUUCUUUAACACAAAGAACACAGUGUCUUUUGGCAGUGAAAGUCAUAAUCAGGCCCUAGAGAUGCAUUUCAGGUAUGGCAUCAAGGAAUACACCUUUACCUGUAUAAUUUCUCACACUUCUCCUCUGUACUUUCCAGACAUUUUUAAAACACCUUCUCAUGAAAACAGUGCAGUAUUUCUCUACAAAUGAGUGGGUGCCACAAGUGCAGCUCACGCAGGUACCAGGGCCAAAGCCAGGGCUGGGGGUGCAUAGGAAGGCUCCAGUUUAGCCUUCACACAGCUCCUCAACACAAGCCAGGGGCCUGCUCUGAUGGCACAGGAGGUGAAACCCCUGAAGGUGCUUGGCCCGGGUUCCAAGAGAGCAGCAGCAGCUGCUGACACAUGGGUCAAAGACCCCUCCAGAGCACAGAGGAUCUGUGCACCCAGUUGUGCAACUCCCACCCACAGCAGGCACUGCUGGCCCGCAGCCAUCCUAGGCAGGCCUGAAAGUGCUGCCACCUUCAGCACAGUUGGAAUCUGUCCUGUUCACCUGACCCUUUCAAGUUGUUCUGUAAACCAAAUUUCUUUUUCUUCAGAAAAGGGGAGCUCUCACCACCCAGCUCCUCCUGCUCUGAGCUGGCAACAGGUAAAUGUUUUGCUUCCCUCAGCACAAAUAUUUGCUACAUGAGCUAAAUGACACAAAAAUAGUUUCCUUUUUGCUCAUGGAACAUUCAUGUAACAGGACACUCAGCGUGAGUGAAGCCUUACUUCCCAGCUUUGGAUUUUUUGCUUCAUAGAGAAAUCAAAAAGAAAGUAAAGAAAAGGUAAGCAAAUUUCAGAGAAUUAAAAAAUUCCAAAUCUUGCAAGUCAAUUAGGGAGUAUUAGAUGUGGUUAGUAUUUAAAACCAAGGCCCUCCAAAUCCCCAAAGCAUUUGAGAGAAGCAUGUUUUGAGUCCUGAAGGAUAAGGGAGUUCAAUAUGCAUUCAUUUUCAGUAAGCUAUUUUCUAAGUCUGUUUUCCCUGCUUCAGUGGCAUCCCCCAAAUCUAAGAAGAGUGACUUAGUGACUUUUGUGUAUUCUGAAAGAAGUUUUGUCCUGCUUCUAUUUGAACUACAUAUUCAGCUCUUUCUGAGGGGACAGGCCUGUCACAACUGAAAGCUACUUGCUCUUCUCCAUGUUGCUUGAGUUUCCUAGUUUUCUUCUUGGCAUAAAAACAGGACGAAAAGCAAGGACUUUCAGCCUUCAUCUCCUGAACACCAGUGACAGAACUGAGUCACCAAGCCUCCCAGGCUUCUCCGUUCUCUUUCUGGCCACAACACUCAACUGGAUCUUAGCCCAAACUCUGGUCACACAUGGGUGCCCAGCAAGAGUCCAUGUGAGCAGGUUUCAUGCAGCCACCUACAGCUAAGUCCCAAAUUUGAAGAGUGGUACCUCACACCCUGGCCUAAGCACUCCUUAUGAGUCAGGUUAGUGACUCUGGCCCUGUGCUCUGCCUCCUGCUGAGGUGUCUCUUGGAGCUGGUGCUUCCAUGCCCUCCCUGCCUCCUCUUCCUUGGCCCCAGCACUGACUAGAGCCCUGUGCCAGGAAAAUGACAGCACCACUGACUCGUGCAAUUGGGGUCUGGCCCAAACACUGAUGUGUUAAUUAGGCAGAGAACCAAGUUCCAAGAGGAGAGUAGGAAGCGCCUAGUUCUUAGUCUUUGUGCUGGAGUCUGCCCAGACUCCUGCAGACAUAAUGAGAAACAACUCAGUUAGAAAGCACUAUGAUGUUGGCUAGAAAUCUGUGGAGCUCCUUCCUCAGCUCUUCCAGCUGUUCUGUUUUAAGAAAGCACAGGAAUGUGAGGCCCCACAGAAAUUUCAUGUGCCAGGUGCAUUGUGUAGUCUCUGAGGGGCUGCAGCCAGCAGGCAGAUGACUCUUCUGGGACUGCCCUGCCAGGUGACAUGGGCUCUGGUCCCCAAAGCAAGAGGUAUGAAAGUGAAUUACUUGUAGAAUCUCUAAUGGCAUGGAUCCCCACAGCACUGCCACCUGGCCUGUCUCUUUAGCAAAGUCUGAGGGUACUUCUUCGGAGACUGGCUCUGCUGCAUUUCUCCAAAGUCCUUGAAUCCUACUCAGAGUGUUAGGAGAAUAAUUUCAACCUGUGUUUCUUGGCACAAACCUAGGCCACUUAAAAGAUAAAAUCAGGGCUGCACCUCUUAGUGCCACUGCAUGCUAGCUCUAAGGCCCCACUCUCAUGACUAGGGCAAUACUUCUUAAUACUUGCAGGUAGUACCAGUAUGCAUAAAAAUCCAUGCAAUUUUAGGCAGCAUUUCAGAACAUGGAUUUCUAAAUGCACAGAAUCUCCUGAACCCAGCAGUUCAGGAAGGAUGUUUUGUAAUUUUUUGGUGCUUUUUUACUACUUUUCCACUGAAAUUAAACAUCUGAGAUCACUGCUA